GCAGCCCCGCUGAGCGCGCCGCGCGCCCUGCGCUCCCCGCCCCGCCGCAGGGCUAUGUCAGGAGCCGAGGCUCGCUAAAGCGGAGGACUCCGGGAGCGCGUUAGACGGGUGGAUGCCGCAGAUGUGACGCCGUGCAAACACCUCAAACCAGUUCCGAUGUUGUUGUUUCCUCAAGUUGCAGGUCUAUGGAAAUGCAGGAUCUAACCAGCCCGCAUAGCCAUCUGAGUGGUAGUAGUGACUCCCCCAGUGGUCCCAAACUCGAUAACUCUCACAUAAAUAGUAAUUCCAUGACUCCCAAUGGCACCGAAGUUAAAACAGAGCCGAUGAGCAGUAGUGAAAUAGCUUCAACAACAGCGGACGGGUCUGUGGACAAUUUCUCAGGUUCAGUCGGGAGCAGCAGCUUUAGUCCAAGACCAGCUCACCAGUUCUCUCCACCACAGAUUUAUCCUUCCAACAGACCAUACCCACAUAUUCUCCCUACCCCUUCCUCACAAACUAUGGCUGCAUAUGGGCAAACGCAGUUUACCCCAGGAAUGCAACAAGCCGCAGCGUACGCCACAUACCCACAGCCAGGACAGCCCUACGGAAUUUCCUCCUAUGGUGCAUUGUGGGCAGGCAUCAAGACUGAAGGUGGAUUGUCACAGUCGCAGUCACCUGGACAGACGGGAUUUCUCAGCUAUGGCACAAGCUUUGGUACCCCGCAACCUGGACAGGCACCAUAUAGCUACCAGAUGCAAGGUAGCAGUUUUACGACAUCGUCAGGAUUAUAUACAGGAAAUAAUUCACUCACAAAUUCCUCUGGAUUUAACAGUUCACAGCAGGAUUAUCCAUCUUAUCCCAGUUUUGGCCAGGGUCAGUAUACGCAGUAUUAUAACAGCUCCCCAUACCCAGCACAUUACAUGACCAGCAGCAACGCCAGCCCAACGACUCCAUCCACCAAUGCCACUUACCAGCUGCAGGAGCCACCAUCUGGCAUCACAAGCCAAGCAGUUACUGACCCCACAGCAGAGUACAGUACGAUCCACAGUCCUUCAACACCUAUUAAAGAUUCAGAUUCUGAUCGAUUGCGUCGAGGUUCAGAUGGGAAAUCACGUGGACGGGGAAGAAGAAACAAUAACCCUUCACCUCCCCCGGAUUCUGAUCUUGAGAGAGUGUUUAUCUGGGACUUGGAUGAGACAAUCAUCGUCUUCCAUUCCUUGCUUACCGGGUCCUAUGCCAACAGAUACGGGAGGGAUCCACCCACUUCAGUUUCCCUUGGACUGCGAAUGGAAGAAAUGAUUUUCAAUUUGGCAGACACACAUCUAUUCUUUAACGACCUAGAAGAAUGUGACCAAGUUCAUAUAGAUGAUGUUUCUUCGGAUGACAAUGGCCAAGACCUGAGCACCUAUAACUUUGGAACAGAUGGCUUUCCUGCUGCAGCCACCAGUGCUAACUUAUGCUUGGCCACCGGGGUCCGGGGCGGAGUGGACUGGAUGCGAAAAUUGGCCUUCCGCUACAGACGAGUAAAGGAGAUCUACAACACCUACAAAAACAACGUGGGAGGUCUGCUGGGCCCAGCAAAGAGGGAGGCCUGGCUACAGCUGAGGGCGGAGAUCGAAGCGCUGACUGACUCCUGGUUGACCCUGGCCCUGAAAGCUCUCUCUCUCAUCCACUCCCGGACGAACUGUGUGAAUAUUUUAGUAACAACGACUCAGCUCAUCCCAGCCCUGGCAAAGGUCCUGCUAUAUGGAUUAGGAAUUGUAUUUCCGAUAGAAAAUAUUUACAGUGCAACUAAAAUAGGAAAAGAAAGCUGUUUUGAGAGGAUAAUUCAAAGGUUUGGAAGAAAAGUGGUGUAUGUGGUUAUAGGAGACGGCGUGGAAGAAGAACAGGGAGCGAAAAAGCACGCGAUGCCCUUCUGGAGGGUCUCCAGUCACUCAGACCUCAUGGCACUGCAUCAUGCCUUGGAACUGGAGUACCUGUAACAGCCUCAAGACACUAUGAAACUGCACAACUGCCCUGUCACCAGGGCCAGAUCCAACAGGCUGUGUCUCAUGUCAGCUCUGGACACCAGAAUGCAGCAGUCUCAACAUACUGAUGCGCAGCUGCUGUCGGUCUUGACCUCUGCCCUCGCAGUUAACGGAGGACCACAUCUAUUUCUUCAGAACGGCUGUUGACUCUAGUACUGUGAAUCCAAUGAAAAUAAGCCAUGAAAAUGUUCUAGCACAGCGUAACGUGUCUCUGCCACAGUAACUACACGGUUCAAACCUGUGAAGAAAGGACCUGCGAAUACUUCAGCUUUUAGCGUUUUCAAUGUGACAGAAACAGCUUCUCCAAUACAGCAAAUCUGAUUGCACAACAAAAACUGAAACGUAUCCUUGAAUACCCGUGGAGGAAUUUUCUCAUAAAGAAGGUUUACUUUUUGGAGUCUCAUACCCAGGGUAAUCUGUACAUCUCUACUUAUUUAUGAACAGACUUUUUAAAAAACAGAUUUACUGAGGUAUAACUCAUAUACCAUACAAUUCCCCCAAAUGGACUUUUUGACAUCAGAUAAUUGAAGAGAUGAUAACGUAAGAAAUAAGUGAUUAAAGGCCUUUGCCUCGUGAUGUGGCAAGUUCUUUGAAUAUUAGCACAUUGCAAAGUAAAGUAUGUCUAAUUUAAGCGUAUAAUAUGUACAUCACUGAGACAAUCAUGUACAGAAAGAAUUUUUGGUGUAAAUUUGUAAUAAUGGAUGAUUCUUUUACAUAUUGUGUAGCGAAAUGAUAUUGAAAGGUAGUAAUGCCUUGAUAGUGAAGCCUGAGGCAGCCUGUGCAGAAAGCCAUGUGCAGUGCCUUAUCUAAGGAUUGGGUAUAAAUAUGUAGAUAAAGGAUUUUUUAAAAAUAAUGUUGUCAAGACCAAAAGCACGGAUAUUAAGUGUCAAUAAGGAUUUUGUUUUCCAGAUCUUUUUGCCCAUCAGUUCUUCUGAUUCUUUUAAAAUGAGGUUAGGAGGGCCUGGAUAAAAAUAACAUAGCUGUUUAAUCGAUUUGAAACAAAUCAAACGUCCUCUUACUGCCUCAUUUGUUUCACUUCAAUACUAAUGUAUUAUAUGUAACUACUUGGAAAAAAUGAUUAUUCAAAUGCUUCAUCCCACAGAAAGAAUAUAGAUGAUAGAUAUAUUUUAUUAAUAAAAUGGUUUGUGAAUUGGAGACUAGCAGAGUUUUCAUGUGCUCAAAAUUAUUAUUAUGCCUGCAUUUUCUCGUUUAAAUAAAGGAGAACAUUAGCACAUAGCUGGAAAUCAGCACAACUUGACAUCACGUCCUUUAUUUGUACUCUGUCUUCCUUCCCACUAAGUUCAUUGCGACCAAUGGACAUGGCCCAGUCAUCACCACCGAAACAAUAAUGUUACACACCUCUUAUAUUGUGUAUUACAUAAUAAGUAUAGAUCUUGGCAAAUAAAAUUUGUUACCUCUGUUAUAUCCAUAAGAAAGUUUCUCCAGAAGCAAUUGAUUUGUUUGGACACUAGUCAUUCUCAUCGAAAGCCUUCAUUGCCAUGGAAUUACUUUUUGGAUUAAUUGUCUUUAAUAGUAUGUAUCUUGGGGGGCACCAGCCUUGCCCCCCAACUAGUAAAGAGCUACGCCAUCCUCUCCUGAAGGUUCGUGUUGCUGCUAGAAUUAGUCAUUUGUGAAUUCUCCAAAGUGUUGAACAGUUGAAUUAGUUUCUCUUUUCCUUUUUUGCUUGAGGCAGACAGAAGUUGACAAUUUUCUAACCUUCUCCUUUUCAUGUUUAUGCAGAUUGAAAGGCAGAAUUUAUCUUGGCCUUACUGUAAAAAGGUGUGUUGUAUCCACAAUUGUGUACAGAAUUUUUCUUCAUUACUUUUGUGUUUAAAUUAAUAAAAUUGAGUUGUGAAGUACUGUA